UCCAUAUCUCCGCCAGGCCACAGGGAGGUGAGGGCAGCCUUUGGGCCAAUGGCAAAGCAUGAGCCUUCCUGCCUGCUGGACACCCACCCACGAUACCCCAGUGGCAGCAGCCCCGGAACGUUCAGCAGUCCCAGAUCUGCUAAGAGUGCCAGAGCCUGCAAGACCUUUGAAGACCACCGCCAAGAACGAGGGAGCAGCAUCUUCAGACCCUCCAUGGUGCAGCCUGGCCUAGGACUCAGGAUCCCCCAGACCGCUGGCAGACACAUCCCCUGCUUCACACUGUUUAAGUCCCUAAGGAAUUCCCAAGCAUCCCCUCAGAGGAAGAUUAUAGAAGGCUGGACACCUGCAGCCCUGUGGGCAGGGCCAAGGGCAUCUCUGACCAAACUGGACAAACUGGGCCCUCUGAGGCCUCUCCCUUCACCUUUAAGCGUGGCAUCAUGGAUAAUUUUUUUGAUUCCCGAGGCAGCUCAGGUGUGCACCUGCAGGUAUACUUGCUCCUCGGAGAGCUGGGCAAGAUGCUGUUUGGGGGCAAGGACAUUACACUGUUGGAGCAUAGGUGCCAGGCCCUUUAAGUGAACAGUUACAAGUCCCUGAUGAUCCGAGGUAUCCCGGAAGACUGCAACCAUGAAAAGUUUGAAGAGAUCAAGCCCCCGCCCCCACCCUAAAACUUUGAAGUGGCUGGAAAGGCCUUUGUGGAAGAAGAGAGCUCUAGGGCAACCACCUUUAAGCUAGCUGAGGGCAUCAAUUACGCCGUGAUCCCCGGGGAAAUCAUGAGCAACGGCAGAACGUGGAGCGUGAUCUACAUGCCCCGGAAGCAGUUCCUGACCAAGCCAACCCUCUUCAUGCAGAGCGAGGCGAGAACGGUGGAGGAUGUGUCCGGGAUCCUGAGACAGGAACUGCGUCCAACAGUGAUGGGCCCCAGAGAGCUUCCUGCCAGGAAGUGCUAUGUGUAGGGGCCAGGGAAGAAGCCGGGGGCCGGGACCACCAACUGAGUGGUCGAAGUGCCACCUCUGGACUCCCCAGAGAAGGAGAGCAAGGCUGGAGAUGGCAAGAAAGGCAACGGGAAGCACAAGAAAAAUCAUCGACAACACCACGCAUCUGACAAGGAGUGGUGAGGUGACCUCGGGUGGGCGUUGGGGGCGGCUGAGUGAGGUUGGGCGUCAGCUGAGUGGGUGCCGGUAGCGACUUGGGAAGGUUGCUGCUAAGUCACUUCAGUCGUGUCCGACUCUGUGCGACCCCAGAGACAGCAGCCCACCAGGCUCCCCCGUCCCUGGGAUUCUCCAGGCAAGAACACUGGAGUGGGUUGCCA